AUGUGGACGGCACUCCGCGGUAUGUAUCAGCGGAGCGCGAUUGCACGUAUGGUCUAUACGGAACUCCGCGACUCGGACGGAGAAUCGUCAACAGGCGAGGAAACCAAGUCGAAGCUAUAUCAUUCAACGUCGAGCACUCUGUCGAAAGUUGCUGCGCCUUUUGCUGGACUAUUUCUAGUAGCAUUCAUUUUGAGACUUUGGAGUGGGCCGUUGCUUGGCGUUGGUCAAGACUGUGAUUGCGACACUGGCGAUGCAAUAAGAUGGCCGAACGCAACUGGCACUAAUGCUACCCUUCUUACUUGCGGCAGCUCGACUGCCGAAGCCCUCACAUCUGGGUGCAUGUUUGAGCUCUGGUCGUUCAGCUGGAUUCCGGAACCCUGUUUCGAUGCCGACCUCCAUGACGAGUUUCUCAAGACGUGGCCAAGUCGAGAACCCGUUAUUGGUGGUUACUACAGCGAUGUCAAAGGAUCCGUCCAGAUACCUCUUGAAAAUGUGCUUCAGGGCACGGCAAAUGGUUCUUUUACAACCUGGGGUCAGCACUACUGGCACUGUGCAUUUGCUCUGCGCAAAAUCUUUCGGAUCCUGGAAGAAGAGAACUUGGCCGAGAGUAUGAGCCUGAUGACCGCACUCGAUCGAAGUACCCACCAUCUGAACCACUGCGAGGACGUUGUUGCCAAUCCGCUAAAGCAUGACUGGAAAUACAUUUACUCUGAGCAAUAUAUUCGCUUCCGUACGUGUCGGGGCAAAAUUGGAGAAUGA